UCCCGCCGGAGGCUGGGACGCGCGGAGACUGAGGUGCACUGCAGAGCGCGAUGGCCUCGUGGGGCGAGCGGCUGGCGGGCGUGCGCGGGGUGCUGCUCGACAUCUCUGGCGUGCUGUACGAUGGCAGUGAGGACGGCGGCGUGCCGAUCCCCGGCUCCGUGGAGGCGGUAGCGAGACUGAAGCGGUCACAGCUGAAGGUGAGGUUCUGCACCAACGACUCGCAGAAGUCCCGGGGAGACCUGGUGGGGCUGCUUCGGCGCCACGGCUUCGACAUCUCCGAGAGCGAGGUGACUGCCCCCGCCCCAGCCGCUUCUCUGAUCCUGAAGAAGCGAGGCCUGCGGCCACACCUGCUUGUCCAUGAUGGAGUCCGCUCAGAAUUUGAUCAGAUUGACACCUCCAACCCCAACUGCGUGGUCAUUGCAGAUGCUGGAGAAAGCUUUUCUUACCAAAACAUGAAUAAGGCUUUCCGGGUGCUCAUGGAGCUGGAAAGUCCUGUGCUCAUCUCUCUGGGAAAAGGACGCUACUACAAGGAGACCUCGGGCCUGAUGCUGGACGUUGGUGCCUACAUGAAGGCGCUCGAGUACGCCUGUGGAAUCGAGGCCGAAGUGGUGGGGAAACCUUCUCCUGAGUAUUUCCAGUCGGCCCUGAAGGAGAUGGGGGUGGAAGCCCACGAGGCCAUCAUGAUCGGAGACGAUAUCGUGGGAGAUGUUGGCGGUGCCCAGCGGUGCGGAAUGAGGGCCCUGCAGGUGCGGACGGGAAAGUUCAGGCCCAGUGAUGAGCGGCAUCCGGACGUGAAGGCUGAUGGAUACGUGGACAACCUGGCAGAGGCCGUGGACCUGCUUCUGCAGCACGCGGACAACUGACGAGCCUCGUAGGGCGGGCCCCCUGGCGCCACCCCUCCCCUGGGCCCAGGCCCCAGGGUGCAGGCCAGGCUUGCUUCCCCCAACCUCCCAUGGAGCUGUUCCUCCGGAGAUGGCCUGCUGCCCCCCAACCCCCCACCCGGUGAAGUCAGACAGUGGGACAGACCCGUCUGGGCAUCUCCAAACAAGGAGAACCCUUGUCUCUGGGAACGCUCUCUAGCCGCACCCAGUCCUAUGAGUGUCCCAGCUGACUGGCCUGAGGGACCUUGACUCCCUGGCCCUCUGUCAUACGUUCUGUGCAUUUGACAGAGGGGCCUGGAGAAGGCGGGGGCUUCCUGCACUUUCCAUGCAGCCUGGGGCUGAAGCAGCCUCCCUGGGAUGGCCCAGCAUCCCCCGCUGGCCUCCUUGCCCCUACCCAGAGUCCGAGUGGCCCCUUGGCACCCCUUCCCCCUCCUACCCCAAAAGGCACCUUGGAGCCCAAGGCUGGGGCAGCUCCGCGGGAACCCUGAAGACUGCCGUCCUACAAUCAAGAACUGUAACCUCGUGGGUCAAGGCUGUGGGCCCAGAGGGUGGUCCAGGGCCCUAACUCGGUAGACGUGAAUGUGUCUUGCCCAGCGUCUGCCGGGGCAGCUACUGGUUAAAUAAAUAAACUGUCCUGAUUCAACUCGGUCUCUGAC